GUUGAAGCGGCCUCUCUUUGAGGCAUUCUUGGACUUUCAAUUUUGGGGAAGGGAGCUGCUGAUAGUCUCUUGUUGCAGCUGUUUCGAGCUCUGUCUGUGUACUCAUUUUUUGCUGGAAAAUUUGGUGAAUUGUUACUAUUUCUGAGAAGCUAAUCUUGAAAAUAUACCCAAAGUAACGUGCUCGGGUCGUAGUUUGAGUGGGCACAAUUCGAGGGUACUCCCUCAUUUCGAGCUGUAAUUGCUUGAAAGGAUCGUUUUGUGAGUACCCGCUGUCGAGCUUCCUGCUCUCGCUUCACCUCUUCAAACAUUUGUCCAACAAUCAGUGAUUUGCGAUUCGAUGCAAGAAAUUAGAAUGAAUCAACCUAAAGUCAAGCGCCGAGUGGGCAAAUACGAGGUGGGACGGACUAUUGGCGAGGGAACGUUUGCAAAAGUCAAGUUUGCAAGAAACUCUGAGACAGGGGAAGCAGUGGCUCUUAAGAUCCUAGACAAAGAGAAGGUUCUGAAGCACAAAAUGGCUGAACAGAUCAAGCGGGAGAUAGAAACUAUGAAGCUGAUAAAGCAUCCAAACGUUGUACGUUUGUACGAGGUUAUCGGCAGCAAGACAAAAAUUUUUAUUGUCUUGGAGUUUGUAACUGGAGGGGAACUUUUUGACAAGAUUGUAAACCAUGGAAGGAUGAGAGAGGAUGAAGCAAGGAGAUAUUUCCAGCAGCUUAUUAAUGCAGUUGACUAUUGUCAUAGCAGGGGUGUCUACCAUAGGGACCUAAAGCCAGAGAAUUUGUUGUUGGAUGCAUAUGGAAACCUAAAAAUAUCUGAUUUUGGUUUGAGUGCAUUGUCCCAACAAGUCAGGGAUGAUGGUCUUCUUCAUACUACAUGUGGAACUCCAAAUUAUGUUGCUCCUGAGGUCCUUAACGAUAGAGGCUAUGAUGGGGCAACGGCAGACCUGUGGUCUUGUGGAGUAAUACUGUUCGUAUUGCUUGCAGGUUACUUGCCUUUCGAUGAUUCUAAUCUUAUGAACCUGUAUAAAAAAAUAUCUGCUGCUGAAUUCACUUGUCCUUCUUGGCUUUCUUUUGAGGCCAUGAAGCUGAUAACUCGAAUAUUGGAUCCCAACCCCAUGACGCGCAUUACCAUACCUGAAAUACUUGAAGAUGCAUGGUUUAAGAAAAAUUACAAGCCCCCCAUCUUUGAUGAGAAAGACAAUACUAACUUGGAUGAUGUAGAAGCUGUUUUUAAGGAUUCAGAAGAGCACCAUGUGACAGAGAGGAAGGAGGAACAGCCCACAGCUAUGAAUGCCUUCGAAUUAAUAGCCAUGUCAAAAGGGCUCAAACUUGAGAAUUUGUUUGACGCAGAACAGGAGUUUAAGAGAGAAACGAGGUUCACAUCGAAAUGCCCUGCCAAUGAGAUCAUUCAUAAGAUUGAAGAAUUGGCAAAGCCCCUUGGUUUCGAUGUUCACAAGAAGAACUACAAGAUGAGGCUUGAAAAUAUUAAGGCGGGAAGGAAGGGAAAUCUUAACGUAGCCACAGAGAUAUUUCAAGUGGCACCAUCACUUCAUAUGGUCGAGGUUCGAAAGGCUAAAGGCGACACUUUGGAAUUCCAUAAGUUCUAUAAAAACCUCUCGACAUGCCUCGAGGACGUCGUUUGGAAAACCGAGGAAGAGAUGCAAGAUAGGAAGUAAGAGCUAUGGCCGUCCCCAGGCGGCACUGUUAAUAACCCUAAACCCAUGUUCGUUUUGGACUGGCUGCACAUUGGGUCUAUAUCUUCAUUCUUUGUGGGAGUCUUUUCUUGGACGUUCUUGAUCCACCUCGGUCUGAAUUUAGAUUAGCUAAUAUUGGUACCAGUUGUUCAUACCGUGCUUCCUUAAUAGCGGCGGGUCUCUCCUUGUCCGACUUAGAGAUUCCGGAGUCAUGUUGUAAUCUUCGAGGAAUGGUCGAUAAUGCAAUUGUUCGUCUGCUUUUUCUUCUUC